AGGAAAGAAAAAAUGGCAGAAGUAGCACCAGCCGCAGCUCCAGCCGCCGCUCCAGCUAAAGCCGCAAAGAAGAAGGCUUCUAAGCCGAAGAAGACCGGUCCCACCGUCGGGGAGCAGAUCCUGAAAGCCGUGGCCGCUUCCAAGGAGCGAGGCGGCGUGUCGGCGGCUGCUCUGAAGAAGGCUCUGGCUGCCGGAGGCUACGAUGUGGAGAAGAACAAAGCCCGGAUCAAGACCGCCAUUAAGAGCCUGGUGGCCAAGGGGAGCCUGACUCAGGUCAAGGGAACCGGGGCCUCCGGUUCCUUCAAGAUGAGCAAGAAGGCUGAUACCAAGGCAAAGAAGCCGGUUAAGAAAGCCGCUCCUAAAGCCAAGAAGCCCGCCGCCAAGAAACCCGCAGCGGCCAAGAAGCCAGCAGCCGCCAAGAAGUCCCCGAAGAAGGUCAAGAAACCCGCAGCGGCCAAGAAAGUAGCAAAGAGCCCCAAGAAGGCCACCAAGAGCCCCAAGAAGGCUCCCGCAAAGAAAGCCGCCAAGCCCAAAGUAAAGAAGGCACCCGCAGCCAAGAAGGCCCCCGCCAAGAAGGCUGCCAAGCCCAAAGCCAAGAAGGCAGCACCCAAGAAGAAGUGAGCUGUUCUGAGUCUGCAACAUGGAAAACCUACAAAAAGGCUCUUUUAAGAGCCACACACACUUUGACUAGAGAGCUGCUUCCCUCUGACACUUAUUUGUAAUAUGAAUCUUAAUUUUGAAUGGAACAAAUCUAGAGUUUAUUAGUUCCAUCAUUUGCUUUAAUUACUACCAUAACAGACCCAUUUAUUGUAGUUGUCACAUCUCUUCAGACGUUAUAGAACACCCCCAUACAGACAAUGUUCACUUAAACUGAAACAGUAAAGUGUCCACAGUAACACACCUUCAUUAAAGAGCUGCUUCCUCCUCACAUUUAAAAUGUUGGUGUUAAAUUUGGACAGUUUCUGAAUGUAACAAAUCUGCAAACACUGAUGAGUUCAGCAUCAAUAUUCUGUUUUCUCUCCAGCAUCAACCAUUACUAUUGGUCCCCUUUUAUAUAGAUUUUAUAUAGAGUUUAACCUUUGGGGGCUGUGUGUGUGUGUGUGUGUGUGUGUGUGUGUGUGUGUGUGUGUGUGUGUGUGUGUGUGUGUGUGUGUGUGUGAUUCUGGGUCAAAGUGCACCACACUGCAAAAUGUGUUUUGUCAAUGAGAAAGUGUUAGUUUUACUAAAUGGGUGUUUCAGAUUUGCAAAUUGUGUCUAACCAGAUCAACAGUGCUUUGACAGUUGACACUGCUUUUUUCACUUAACAUAUUUGUUGUUGUUGUUGUUGUU